AUGCACUGGGGUAAGAAAAGCACUCUAUCUUAUAAUAGUGUUGCUUGCAGCAUUUGUACAUGCAUUACAUUGGGGCAAAAUCAUGAGGUUAAGGGGUAGAAAGCCAUAACCCCCAAGUGCUGUAAUUGUAGGGAGGAACAUCUGGCCAUCUUUGAGGUUGUGUACUACAUGAAAGGGCAAAGCAAGUGCAAAUUCUUUAAAGAUCUAUCACAUUCAGGAAUUUCUGUCUUUUCUCUUAAAUCUAUCCUUGGCCAACAUGAGAACCACCAGCUCAUUGAAAGAAAAGUUAUACAGCUUUUAGACGAAACUGGCCUAUACUCCCGGAUUUAAUGAUGUGAACCAAGAUGCGAGCUGUUAUUGCUUUGACCAGUGGAGGGCAGAACUACACGUGGGGGGCGAUUGAUUGCAUGAAGAAAUGGAGUGCGAAGUGGUGGAAGGAGGAAAUAAGAAAAGGAAAAAUGGAAUUGAAAAUGAGGAUAAGGAUAAGAAAUAUGUAGUUGGAAUGAAGGUGGAUGUGAAGCCCAGGUCUGGAUGGGAAGCAAAUGGCGUUUUUAAUGAAGUCCAUGAAAUGGGGAGACUUGUGAAGAAGGAGAUUGGGGAAGUUAGAGCAGUGAGGGCAACCAGGGGGGGAAUUGUAAUCAUGGAGUGUCAGUUGAAGAGACUGAGGGAUAAAGCGCUUAAAAUCAAAAGAUUUGGUUUGACAAAAGUCGUUAGUUUUUUAAUGAGAGAAAGAGCACUACGGAAAGGUGUUAUUAGUGGGGUCCCGUUGUCAGUAGAUGUUGAUUGUUUCUUGGAGGUGGAGGGAGUUUUCGGGGCAAGGCGAAUGAAAAGCUAUAGGGAGGGUAAUGAACAAGAAAGUGGUGCAGUACUGCUAGAAUUUUAGGGAGAACUACCAGAGAGGAUUUAUUUAGAUUAUGUUUGUUACAGGGUGAGGGCAUUUGAGGGGGUUCCACUGAGGUGUUAUUGGUGUCAGGACUAUGGACACGUGGCAGCAGUUUGUAGAAAAAGGGUUCACAGGUGUAGAAGGUGUGGGAAAGAUGGGUGUUCAGAUGAGGAUUGCACAAUGUCUAAAGACAAGGCAAUAUGUUUUCACUAUGGGGGAAAUCAUGAAAUGGGAGCAAAUCAGUGUGAAAGACGGAAGAGGGAAAGUGAGGCGGAAAGAACACAAGUGCAGAAUAAAAUAACAUGCGGAAGCAACGAAGAGAGUGAGGGCAGAAACGGGAACUGAGAGGAAAGAACAGAACAGAAUAGAACUGGACGGGUGUGAAGGGGGACGAAAUACCGGGAAUUUUGGCGAAAGGGUUUGGAGGGAAUCAUACGCCAGGAAUAUAGGGAAAUAAUAAAGAAUUGUGGUUCAGGUAUGGGAGGGUUGGGUUAUUGUUGAGAACUAAAAUUAGAUGACAAUGCAUACAGUAGGUGGCGGUAAUGCACUAGUUUGCAAACCGCCAUAAAACCCUGAGAAGAAGAAGAAGAACUACGCGUGUUACCGUAUACACUCCCGGAAAAUCACUAUAAGAAGAAGACUGCAGGAGAGAAUUUUCUUAGUUACAGUACCAAACAGCAAGUACUAUACCUGCUAUCCGAAGGAAUUUGACAGCUGCGGAAAGCCAGCUUGGUAUUAACUAGUAGCCAUCGUCUCUAAUUUAGCUGCACUCGGUAGUCAGCUAUAGUGAAUUGUCGAUGUUUAUUUCUUUAAGCAGUAUCAGUUCUUCAAUUUUGUUUUAUCAGUGAAUUUAGCGACGGUCCAACUGUAAAACGGGGUCAACAAAAACCUUUCCUUUCUGUCUCCAUCCCUUUAGAAGUAUGGUGGAACUGACUGACUGUAAUAGCCAAUUAGAAUCUGUGGAAACUUCUCAGGCCACACCUCUUUGGGUUUAGAGAUGAAAGAAGAAUCUCUGCAGGAUGGCACAGAUUAUUCAGGAGUGGAGUUGAGAUCAGGUCUGAAGAGAACUGAAGACACAGAGGAAAGGAAAACUGAUCUUGGGAUGGGCUGGGAGGAAAAAGACAUUUUAUUCAAAAUAAAGAAGGAGGAAGAAUGGGAGUGGCAGAGUGAGGAUGGUGUGAGAAAUGAAGAAGUCAAGGGACUGUGGAGGGACCAAGAACAAGAGAGAGAUGAAACAUAUGAGCUGGAAGUUACCAACCAAAGGUUGCAAACUGACAGAGGGCUAGAUAAUUGUGGAAAAGUAGGUUGUAUGAAACAGGAAGGGGAUGACCUGUCACUUCAGGUCACUUCCUGUCUGUUGAAACAGCCUAGAUUACUAGUCCGUCAACUCAGAAUAACAGAUUCUUCAGUUCCUUUAGUUUUACCUCCCCACUCCAUUACCAGUGUUGGGGUCCAGACAUUGGUAGCUACAUGGAAACAGGAAGAGCUCUUGCCAGCAAGGAAAGAGAGAUCACUGAAGCAGAGGAGAAAGGUCAAGACCCGGAAGAGAAAGAAAUCACUUUUGGAUUCAUCAGAGAGAGAUGCCUGUCCUGAAUCCUCCAAUGGAUCUCAAAAUGCAGGGGAGAAUAGUCACUGUGCGGACAGAGAUGAAGAGGACUGGGUCAUGCCCCUCUGUGAGGCCUCCAGCAGUCCUGCCACCCCAUCCUCCUGUUCUGAUCGCCCACCCCAAGGCACCUCGCAGACGGACCAGGUCCAGAAACGCAGGCGCAGCUACCAGCAGUACUGGCACAGAGAAUAUCUGAUGGACUUUGACCCGCAACAGAACCGGAUGAACUGCAUGGUGUGCAGCAGCUCACUGGUCACCCUUCAGGUCAGCACCAUCAAGCGGCACAUCCGGCAGAAGCACCCAGGCUCUCUGCUGCUGACCCCCGCUGACAAAGAGAGAAUCCGCAGGAGCUGGGCCGAGCACCUGGGACAGGACCCGAAACCCAGCCAUGUGCCAGGCGGGAUGACCAAGGGACAGGAGGAGUUGUUGGACAGCGAACGGCAUUCCAUUGGGCAGACUGGUGAGCUGCCAUCUCAGAUCUUUGUCUGCUCCCAUUGCCCAUUUGUUCACACGGAAGGAGUGAACCUUCAGCAACACAUUAAGGAGGCUCACCCAGAAGAGCACAGCAGGAGUCUAAAGUUUGGAGUAAACCAAGAAGGGAACCCACUGCCUGUCAGUAGGACAGAUCAACACCCCUCACCCAUUAAGACACACCCCACUCCAACACAGUCCGAUGCAGGCACUGCAGGGACCUACAAAUGCUCUGUGUGUGGUGACAGUUUCAGAUAUCCCUCACUCCUGAAAAACCAUAUGCAAAUUCACAUAGGUGAGCAGCAGCACCCUUGUCCCCUGUGUGGGAAGAGUUUUGAGCUGGAAUCCCUGCUCACAGAACACCUGCAGUCUUAUCAUGGAGAGCAGUUGUAUUCUUGCUCCCCAUGUGGGAAGAGCUUCACUUCUCCAUCAGACCUGAAGAGACACCAACAUAUUCACACAGGGGAGAGACCGUACAACUGCUCCCAGUGUGGGAUGAGUUUCAGCCUGCCGUUUACUUUGAAGCAGCACCAAUCGAUUCACUCUGGGGAGCGCCCAUUCCAGUGCUGCUAUUGUGGGAAGAGCUUCAGGCAAGCGAUACAGCUAACUCGACAUGAGCGAACUCAUACAGGGGAAAGCCCUUACCACUGUUUCCAGUGUGAAAAAAGCUUCAAAUCACCCUCAGACUUGACGAGACACAAGCGAAUUCACUCUGGCGAGCGGCCGUACCUUUGCUACCAGUGCGGGAAGAGUUUCAGUCAGUCCAGCAACCUGAUACAGCACCAACAGAGCCAUUCUGGGGAGCGACCUUUCCGCUGCUCUCAGUGUGGGAAGAGCUACAGUCGGUCAAGUACUCUGACACUACAUCUGCGGACUCAUACAGGUGAACGGCCAUUUGUUUGCUCCCAGUGUGGGAAGUGCUUUACUAAAUCUUUUAACCUAAAGCAGCACCUUAAAACUCAUAGGAAAGCAUCUUCCAUUAAUACCAGGGUGGAGAAGAGCCUUGAUGUCUGACAAAACAAUGUAUUUGACUAUAAGUUUGCAGAACUUUUUCCAUUUGCUGUUAUACACUGGAAUUUCCGAAUGCCCAUAUUAUUGAAUACCUGAGGUCAAUAUACUGUAUUUCAGCAUGCACUGGGGUCAGAAAACAACUCUAUUUUAUAAUAGUGUUGCUUGCAGGGUUCUUCCUUUGUUGAAAUGUCUUAGGCGGACUGGCUUAAGUGUUUUUUUCAAGCCACCCAUAGGAGAAAUUGUGCCUAAAAACAACAACCUGAAAACAAUAAGAGACGGUCAAUGGAUUUAUUGGUAAAAUUUUGUUGUUCAUGAUAUUGAAUUUUAAGUUUUUUAACUUUUGACUGCUUUCAAGUUUACGUGCAACCGUAGACACGCUAAAUUAACUACAGUAGAAUCCGCUUAUUGCGUAAAUUAAGGAAACCGAGUGCCAACGACUGCGUAUACCACUCUGACGCCCACUGUCGACGUGAUGUUCAAUAGAAACCACCUCAAGACAGAUAUGUUUGAUUGUAAACAUACGCUAAGAAAUCCUGCAUAGUAUGCCUUUAAAAAGAGUAAACAUGUUAACUUGGGUGUCAUGGUCAGAUUGCUGCAAGAACUGAUUCUACACUUGAUAUGUUUAUACAAUUGCCUGCAGUCCCUACCCAUCUUGAUUCCUUAGGUGUCCACUCUAAAAGAGCUUUGUUCUCCAUUCACUCACAUGCUUGAAUAAAGUGUUCCCCUCCAACGUGUUUGUUUCAACACUCUUACCCAGAGCUACUAGCACAACCUCCAGGGGUCCCCAUAAACACAUCAGCUGCACAGUCAAGUGACUAAUCAUACAAUUGAGUUUUUAAUUGAGACAUUUAUAAAAACAAUUAGUUGAUAUUAUAUUAGGAGGAAGGAAAGUUAACAUGGGUGGUCUUAUAUGCUACGAAAAGCAUGUCUGAGCGAAUGAGUGAAGCAGUAUUCACCUGGUACACUGCAUACUGACGGCCUGAAUUUAUGCACAACUUGCAAUUUAUCUAUAAACAAUAGACCGUACAUAGAAUUUAUGUCUGAGAUCAACACCAAGGGGGAAUCAUCUGUCAACAGAAGAAAAGACACCCUUGAGCGGUGACAUAAUUGUCAUUCAAGAUUUAACAGAUGCGUUCUUAAGUCCAAAUAUUCCACUGGAAAAAGUGGACAGUCCCAAAUUGCAUGCAUUUUUAAACUAGCAUGUAAUAAAUGGGGGUGGAGAGUGAUUCUGACAGCUCAACAGCUUCGACAGAAGUAUACUACCUUUAAAGUAGAAGAUUUAAAGAACUGAUUGAAACAACUGACAACAUAUCUGUGGUCAUGGCCAAUUCAACAGAUGGCAAAGACAAUUAUGUUUCACAUAUUUUAUUUGUUCUUCAAGGGAAAUCUCUCACAACUUAUCUGAAAGUUCUCCUUACUGACUGUGACCCUAACUGCCUUGAAUUACUCCUCAGUUGUGGAUAGCAAUAAGAAAUUCUUAUUGAAUUGUAAUAUUUUGAAAAUGUGACUCUAUUGGUGUCUGACAAUGGAAGUUAUAUGUUAAAGGCAAAUAAAGACAUCCUUAGAA